AUGCGUUUUUUUCUCUUUGCGUCGGGAGUCCUGGCGACUCGACCGUUCCUUAACGAACCAGACACCGGGAUCGACGACGUGCUCGGCGACACGCCCCAAGGCUCCCUGCCUGCUCUCGAUCAGCUCGUCGGUCUGCCGGACUAUGACUGGGCUGCUCGACGCUAUAUGAAUGCCUCGUCGUACACAUACUAUCGCAACGGCGCCGCAGGGGAAUGGUCCUACCGCAACAAUCUCGAGGCCUACGGCCGGUUCCGAUUCCGACCUCGUGUCAUGGUUGAUGUGACCCAGAUCGAAUCGACCCUGUCGACCUCUAUCCUCGGGUACAACUUCUCCGCACCCUUCUACAUCAGUCCUUGUGCUCGGGCUGGUCUGGCCCAUCCCGAGGCGGAGAGGAACCUGGUAAAAGCGGCAUACCAGGAAGACAUCCUCUAUAUCCCGUCCCUCUUUGCCUCGUUGACCAUGGACCAGAUUGCGGCGGCCAAGCCAUCGAAUGGCUCGCAGGUGUUGUUCCAGCAGGUGUAUCUGGACAGUAACGAUACGGCAACGAAGGAACUAUUUGAUCAGGCCAAAGAGCUCGGUAGCAAGGCCCUUGUUUUCACCGUCGACGCAGCGGCCGGUGGCAAUCGACAACGUGCAGAGCGGUACAACAUGGGGUCGGCCAACACUGACUACACCUUCAUCACCUGGGAUUAUUACAAAAAGCUGCAAACCAUGACAUCUCUGCCAAUUGUUAUCAAGGGGAUUUCAUCUGUUGAGGAUGUGCGACUGGCGGUACAACACAAGGCCCCUGCUGUGAUUCUGUCGAACCACGGCGGCCGCAACCUGGAUAGCAGUCCCUCGCCGCUGGAGAUCGCAUUGGAAAUCUACCAGGAAGCGCCAGAGCUGUUCCACCAGAUCGAGAUCUACGCGGAUGGUGGCGUUCGCUACGGUGCAGAUGUGCUUAAGCUGUUGGCACUGGGGGUGCGAGCUGUGGGCAUCGGACGCCCGUUCAUGUUUGCCAACACUUAUGGCGUGAAGGGCGUCCAGAAGGCGAUUCAACAGCUGAAGCGCGAGAUUGCCGUCGAUGGGGGGAACUUGGGACUGGGAGAUCUUAAGAAGAUCAAUCCAUCUUACGUUAAAUGGGCGAACAAUGGAUGGUACUCCUGA